AUGUAUCUAAACUUCUAUUCAUAUUUUACAAUCCAUUACACAGGAAUUGAACCGCAUGUUACAUUGUAUCAUGAUGAUCUCCCUCAGGCUCUUGAAGAUGAAUACGGAGGAUGGCUUGACCGCAAAAUCAUCAAUGACUUCACGGCUUAUGCAGACGUUUGCUUCAGAGAGUUUGGGGACACAGUGAAAUUCUGGUCAACAAUUAAUGAGCCCAAUAUGUUAGCAUUGGUAAACUAUGGUGGGGGAUUAGUCUCACAUAUUCAUAGUUCUCCUCCAUUUGAGAUGGUCAACUGCUCCAAAGGAACCACUUCAACUGAGCCAUAUAUUGUACUCCAUAACAUGUUGCUUGCACAUGCAUCAACCGCGAGAUUGUAUAAGCAAAAUUAUAAGCAUAAGCAAAAUGGAUCUGUAGGUAUAACCUGUUUUGCAUUCUGGAUGGUUCCUUAUACUAGCUCUGAAGAGGACGAGAUGGCAACUCAGAGAGCCAAAGAUUUCUUAUUAGGCUGGGUUUUGCAUCCGUUAGUGUUUGGGGACUAUCCUAAAGUGAUGAGGAGAAUCGUGGGCAAGAGACUCCCAAGUUUUUCGGAAGAAGAAUCAUAUCUCGUUAAAGACUCAUCCAACUUCUUGGGAGUCAUACACUACAGAACAUCGUACACGGCAGACUUAUCCAGUCCUAGCCAAGGAGAUUUUCUUUCGGAUAUGGCUGCAUCAAUAAUCCCCAUUGGGAAUUCCACGCUGGUCAAUAUUGAUGUGCUUCCAUGGGGUCUUGAAGGAGUGUUGGAAUACAUAAAGCAAAACUAUGGCAAUCCUCCUGUCUACAUUCUUGAAAACGGUCGACCUACCAACCACCACUCGUCGCUUAAUGAUGUGGGAAGAGUUGAAUACCUUCAUGCUUAUAUCGCUGCCGUGCUUAAUUCAGUGAGGAAUGGGUCAUCGACAAAAGGCUACUUCCAAUGGUCCUUCAUGGAUUUGUUCGAGUUUAUCGAUCCCAAUUAUACAUAUGGGUUAUACUAUGUGAAUUUCAGCGAUCCGGAACUUAAGAGAUCUCCUAAAACCUCUGCUCUUUGGUAUUCUUGUUUUCUCAAUGGCACCACCAUUUGUUUACAAGAGCUCAAGAACAUCUCCGUAUCU